AUGGAAAGUUCAGGCUGGGCGUAUGUACCACUGCGUCAGACAUCGGGUCGGAAGUCUGUGAAUGAGCAAAUCGCGCGAUUUUGCUUUCUUUCGAGACCAGAAAAUGAGUUCGGUUCUGGCAUGAGAAGUAAACAUCAACAUGGCUGCUACUCAAAGCGUAAAGUCUCGUUUACAUUCUUUGUUGAACUGGUCAAAAUGAGCUGUACAUGGCCUCGAGCAGCAGAGCUGGUUGAGGCUGAGGUAAUGAGAAGUGAUGCAAUCGGCACAAGGCGUGGAAGCGGUAGUGUGGGAUCUGGCACAUGGCGACAACAUGGGGCAGCAAAAUGUGGUGGGAAAGGGGAAAAAAGGACAUAUUUCCACUGCUGGGGGGUUGAAAUUGGCUCGAGCCUAAGCGAGAACCGCUUUCUCGUCGCGCCAAACGCUGCAACGGUCCGCGUAAUAAGUCAAGAAGAGGCCGAACAAAGCAGUGCUAAACAGAACGAUCGGCCAGAAGAUUGUGUGAAAAAGGGUGCUGGAACCAUAGAAUUUGUGCAUUAA